GUUAGUUAUAUUAUCAAAAAUUACUGUUGUCUAAAUGUUUGCAUGGUCCGAAUUUUAGGUUUAUCUGGUUUUUAGUAUGAAUGUGUUGUACGAUUCAUUUAUUUUAAAGUUUCAUUCCAAACACUAUUUAAACAAAACAAGCAAUUUAAUCUUUCAUUGCAAUUUUUAGGCAUGUGCGCCUUGAAUCCUUGAAAAAAAUGCCCUCAUUGUUAUUACAUUUUCAAUUUUAAGCAUCAAUUGUAUUAUGAUCAGAACUCGUUUUCAAAUAUGUAGAAACUACGCUUCAAAAAUAAAUCAAACCAAAAUCUCUAAAGGGCUGUAACUGCAUGGUGGUAAAAAACCCAACAAAUUACAUUAGACUUGUAUGUCUUCUUCUUUAUUUUAAGGGCCCACGAUCAAUGAAUUGAUCAUUCUGGCUCCUAUGUUUUAGAGGGGUUUGCGAUGUUACUGUUCAUGGGUUUUAAUGGGAUACUUCACUGGUUGCAAUUUAAUUCAAUUUUAAGUACAGAUAAAGCAACAACGCUAAUGUUAAGAGGUAUAACAAAAUAUCCCUUUCUAAAUUAUUUCAAUUAUGAGCUAGUUGCAAUAUUCUUUUUAAAGGAACGAUAAACGAAAUUGUUAAUUUUUCAGUGAUUACUCCAAAAGGUUCGAUUGAGGUCGAAGAUGGCCUGCGUAUUGGUCCGGUCGUGGACAAGUUGCGUCAUCCUAUCACUGCUUGUGGCCCUUGUAUCCAGUCAGCCUGCUCCCGGUGAGAUUACAUCCAUUACUACAUUAAAUUUCUAGUAACUGUUAUUUUUACUACCUGUAUUAUAAUAAUUCAAAAUUAACAAAUACAAUAGUUCCCGCCGUGUUUCUGUCUGGAACCAGCGCAAAGAGGUUUAACUUUUAGUGCGGCGUUGCAUUUUAGGGAUAUACCACUGAGGACCUAUCCUCAUGCUAUAAAUAAAUUAUUUAUACAAUUAAUUAAUCAAUUAUUUCAAAAUUUUCAUAAAUCUGAAUCAGAUUAAAUCCCACUGCUCGGGACACGUUGAGCCACCAAAAUAAAAGCCUCGUUGGGGCAAAUACGAUCUUGCAAAUGCAACAAGAGAUUCUUUGUAUUUUAUUAAAACUAUUGACAUUAUUAUUAUAACGAUAAAUUCGCAACAAAAGACACUCAGUACGUGUUUUUAAACUUGGGCUUCGGCUCAUCAGCAUUAUGAAGCUGAAUUCUCUCAGUAUCUCCUUAUCAGUUUUAUAAAAUGGGAAUUCCUAAAAUCAUUGACACAUAUCAUUUAAGUUUAAGUAUCAUAUUCAAAUGGCUGCAAAGACCCAGUUCUUUUCUAGUUCAAUAUAGGGAUUUGGAGAAGACUUAUUUGGCUGAGCUCCACUUGGUACAAUUUUUUUUAGCUCAAGCUCUGCUCCGAGCUCAGAUUAAGCUUUUUUUAAGAGGGUUGUAAGCGUUCAAUGAAAUAUAUUUAUCAUUGCCACUAGACAUUAUUAUUGCAAGUACCAGCUACUUAUUUGGUAGAAGACAGUGGGGGGCGCGGGUGUCAUAGCUGAUUGAAGACUGGUACAAUAUAGUUGGUAACAAUGGAGGGGAAACAUAUCUCGUAGAAAUGGAGGGCCAACAUAUCGCGUAGAAGAGUGGGGAACCGUAGCAGUAGAAGUAUAGGGCAACAUAGAUGUUAACGUGUGGGGGAAAUCGUCAUAACUGUAGAAGUGUUGUGAACUAGUUUGUUGUGAAUGUUGGGUAACAAAGGUCGUAACAAGAAGAGUAGGGUAGCUGGUAGACGAUUGGAGGCAUCAUAGCUGGUAUAGACCUGUUAUGGGGGGGGGACAUAGAUGGUAGAAGUGUUGGGCAACAUAGCUGUGGAAGAGUGGAGCAACAUAGUUAGUAGAAGAUUGGAUAGUCAAUUUAAAAAAAAAAUUAAAGUAACAAUACAUUAAUAAUAAUGUUUUUUCAUUUUUAAAAAAAAAAUUAAAGAUUAUUCAUGAGGAUUUUUUUAGCUCUGAGUAGUAAGAGACUUUACCAGCUCCAUGCAAGAUGACACUGCUCCAGUGCUCCGAACAAAUCCCUAGUUCCAACAGGCUUGUGAAGAGGCAAUAUAACGCUUUGACAUUGUUUAUUUAGAAACAAAAUUAUGAUCGAUUGAUUUGCUUUUAAUAAAUUUGAACCCAUUUCUUUGCGCAGUAAAUUCAUUUCACUGAAAUUAGUUAAUACUUCUAAAAAAUAAAAAGCUGUUUCCCCGGAGGUAAAUAAUUAUUGUAAAAGCUAUUACAGCUAAAAAUAUUUCCGUUAAAGUGAGUCUCAACAACGUGUUGAUAACCAACGAACUUUAGUAUGAAGGGUCGAACGCUAAACAUCUAUCUAUAUUUCCUUCGUAACCCGGAGCUUAUGGAAUAGUCGUUUAUCAACUUAGUAUGAUUUAAUUUUAUAUUCCUACUUGUGUUUUAAGUUAAUUGCGCUUUGCCAAAUAAAAAUUGCAUGCUGUUGAGAAUGGCUUGUCCAGUAGCGAGAUCUAAACAAUUCUAAUGGUGUCUGGACAAAGAAAAAAUUAUAUGAUCGAGAAUAGUAUAUAUCUAAGACAUUUUUUUCAAAGAGGAAAUUUCAAAAUAUUUUAUAUUGUAUUUAUAAAAUAUUUAAUUUUCCUAAAAGAAAGAUACAUUGCUAAAAUAUAAACAUCUUCUAACAAAAAUAAGAAACGAACGAAAAAACACCACAAAAAAAAAAAAAAAACAAAAAAAAAAAAUCAAACUGUAACAUUUUUAAUAUAAUGUUUUAUCGUAAUUGAGCAGCUCUUUCUACAAAAAGUAAAAGCUCUAAAGUGAAUUUAAAUAUAUUACCUCUAUUUCUUGUAACAAGCCAACCGUCCACUCAUUCUUUUUUUUUUCCAUUUGUAAUUGAAUAAAAUCAUCACAAUAAGCCAAUAACUAUAGAAUAUGCAUAUCAAAAGAACAUUACAAAAUUAAUAUUAAAUUUUUUGUAAUAUUAGCGAUUUCCGUGUAGCUUUGGUGAAAAUAAUGUAUCCAAUAACUAGAGACAGGGUAACAAUUCAGGAAGGAAGUUACGCCCUGCUCUUUAAAUGGGAGAUAAUUCAUGAUAUUUUUAUAGUUAUAUUAUGUUUCCAAUGCCAAAAGUUACUUCGCUUUAAAAGUUAAUUUUCAACACCCAGUUAAUUAAUUGUUAUUUUUGUUUACGUAGCAAAUAAAUUUGGUUAUCUUCUUUUUUAACGGUGAAAGGCCUGUAUAGCAGACUUCCACACAUUCAGAGACUGGCAUAUUAUAAGCCUACACAAAUCUGCAUUUAUGGUUGCAAAGAGGGGGGGAGGGAUAGAGAAGAGAGAGAGAUAGAGAGAGAGAGAUAGAAGGAGAGAGAGAGAUAGAAUUAGCGAAAUAUACAUGCUUAUCGGUGUCUGAAGCUUAAUGUUUGUUAAACUUUCUUUACGUAUGUGUCCAGAAUGUGGAGGACAGUUGACUACGUCGUAUGGCGUGUUCAUGUCACCCGGCUACCCAUCAAACUACCCACUGAAUGCCAGGUGUUACUGGACCAUCGUUGCACCAGCCAACAACGUCAUUGAUCUAAGGUAACAUACCCUAUGUUGUUCUUUUAAAUUUUAAACACUAUCGUAAAGAAAUGUGGUCCAUAUUAUGUACGCAAAAUGACAAAAAUCAACCCCCUACCAAAUUUUUCACGCAAACCCCCUCCCCCAUAUCGUAGGCCUAUAUUACUACUGAGCCUUCACCCAUUUCCCCUUUUAAAAUGUACGACAUUUAUAGACAGUUAUGAAGUCUCUGUUAACCAUGUUUUAAAAUGUGUCAGUUUUCUCCACUGUCUGUUUGGCGUAGCCCAGUGGUACCCAAAAUCUGCACUGAGAUGUCAUGGGAAGCCAAAGGUUCUUUUCAGGGGAACGGCUAAAUAUUAAACAAUGUUCUUAAUUGUAUUUUGACUUUCGACACAAUGUAACUGAAUACAACUCCAAGCCAACCUGGUGCAAACCAGUAGGCCUAUCUUACUAGAGUAAUUACUGUGUGCAGAAACUCCUAAAAUGAUUAAUUAUUAAUUUAAUAGAUAGCGUUUUGAGACCUGCAUAUUUCUUUCAUUUUUUCCCCUCCAACCUUUUAAUUAAAACAUAUUGUACUCGCUUUUUUCGAAGUUUACUUGAGAGAAUAUGAGAUAAAACGCCGGUGGAAAACCUAAAUUAUAAAAGGGCGCCGAGAAUAAAAAGAAUUCUAGGAACCAAUGUCCAAACAAACUAAUUAACGAAAAACUCACGAAAAGAUACGCUGACUAACGGUGGACUAUUGCUAUCGUUUAAUACUAGAGACUAGAGCGAUAUCUAGCGAUUUCACAAGUAAAAACGCAAAGCAACGGAAUGACGAUAUAAACGAAACGUUGUGGUGAUAAUUCCAGUCUUUAUAAAAAUUACUGUAAAGCCUAAUUUCACAUAUUUUUAGGCAUGGGAAAAAAACGAUUGUCGUUCAUUAAAAACUAUAUUAUAAUGCUAAUUAAAUGAUAAUUGAAGACCUCGGUUGAAAAACCAGAUGUCACAAAUUUCCAUUUUUGAGUUAUCCCCCUGUAAUAAAGCUUAAAUUGACAGUGAAUACAACAGUACUGUACAAAUCACCUCGUUUACGGGUAAUCGUGGAUUUUAAAUUGGCCAUACUUUGGACUUUGGAAGAAUCGGACAUGUCCAGUAAAAAUGUUGAAGUAAAAAUUAAAGUAGCCCCCCCUUAGUCUCACGUGAUGUGCUUAACCAAUAAGAAGCAAGGAAAAUGUAAAUAAAUAGAGAAUGUAGGUCAACUGUCCGACAAUGUUCACCAAACACUAAAUCAACUAAAUGCUACUACUACUAUUGUUAUCUAAUAUUAUCUUAAAGAGAAAAUCAAACGGACGAAAGAAAAAGAGGUUGAGGAAGCAAAGUUUGGCUAAAUCCGAGGACGGCUGCCACGGCGUCUUUGUGUGUUUAUUAUAGUUGCAGUGAAGUAGGGUUUAGGUUAGGUUGAGAUUGAGGGAUUGAUUUCAGGCUAGGCGGCAUAGGGAUCGAUUUAGGGUUCAGGUUAGGCAUAGUCAUAGGGAUCGAUUUAGAGAUACAAUCGUGAAAUUCGAUAAAAUAGUGGCAGGCGUCCCCAUUCAUUGUUUACCCAAAGUUUUUAUAUACAUUAUAAGUAUAAUGUAUGAUUAUGUAUAGUUAGUUUAGUAUAUUUCUGCAAUGAAAGUUACAGACUGUUACAGUAUUAGCAUAUUUUACAACAACAUUUUGACAAUUUUGUGCUUUUGCAUUGCAUGUAGUAGUCCUUCCCGAUUAAAAGUUGUUAAACAGACUGACUAUGACUAACUAUUAAAAAUGCAGGCCAUAAUCUCUUUAUUUUAUUUUAAUGAAAAUCACUACACUUUAUUUUAUUACAAAUUACAGUCAACUGAUUAUUUCCAAUUUAAUCAAUUUCAAUACCAGUUCAGGGUCAUAUGUUACAUAUAAUAUAAUAAUUUAAGGUAAAUGACAAUGAAAUUGUGAAAGUAUAAAUUUAAUUUGUCAUUGAGUGACAUGAUUUUAUAAUAUUAUCACUUGACUCAUAACACUUACACCAUCUGUACAAGAUAUCAAUAUCAGUGGCGUGACACUGAACACUGCUUUAGAUUUUUAUUUUUUAUUUUGUUUUUUGUGUAAAGUAAUUGAUUUUUUUUUUCAUCCACAAUUAGUUUUAUUAUUAAAAAUUAAAAGAGAUCACUUAAGACUUAAGAUGAUUUAGUGAUGAAGUAGACACGUAGUGGGCUUUAAAAGCCAUAAAGUAUAGUAUAGUUUAAUUUUUAAAAUUCCAUUUUCAGUGGAAAAAGCAGAAAAGUCACAAUUUUGGGUCAGCCUGGUAAUAAGCUGCAAUAUAGUAAAUUGUCACAAAAUGUUUAUUAACUUAUAUAUUUUGAAAGUAAAAUGGUAUCAUUAAAUAGAAACAAAUUAUAGCAUUUUAUUUUUACAUGUGAAAAUAUUGGAUACUUUCAAACUUUAAAAUCCACUUUUCUCAAAAUCCUGAAAAUGUGACAUGUCUGGAUUUUUCAGCUAUUGUUUAAAUUUAUUAUCUUUUAAAUUCUCUUCCAUUCUAGAUUUAAAACAUUUGACAUGUUUGGUGACAGUUUCUGCUCGGAUGUGGUGAGCAUUUAUGACGGUGAGAGUGAAAAUGCUGCACAAUUGAUGAAUCUUUGUGGCAAGCUAAAUCAGACUGAGCUUUCCACGGUCCGCCCAAGGUCAUCCGGAAACAAGAUGUACAUCUCUUUUCAGUCUAGCAACAUCGGAUCAAGGCAAGGUUUUAUUGCAUCCUACAGGACACAGGGUAAGAAUAAGUUGAAUGAAGUGAAAAUGAAAUUUUGGAUAUAACGAGCUGUAAAAUCAGUUUUACCCUGAAGGGAGGGUUUAAAGUUUAAGUUAUCGAUCCAAGAUCACUUCCAUGGCUUUAUUUGGUAUAGAUGAUUGAAGAAUUUCAAAUAUAUUUAUAUAUAUAUAUAUAUACAUGAUUUGUAUAAAAUCAGGACUGAGCAAUUAAAUAUCAAAUAAUUAUGUUUUAAUUAUGUGUAUAUUUUACAUAGAAUAUAAUUGUAUAUCGUUAGACUCGCUUUGACGAUUGUGUCAUUUCUUACAUUUUUGUCUUGGGAGAAUUGAGCUCUAAAUAAACAAUAGAUUUAGCUUCCUCUUUGUAGUGCCAAUACGUUGUUCCCAUUGAUUAUUUUGAAUUUGAAAGUUUAAAUAACCCUCUUUCUUAUUGCACCAUUUCAUGAAGCUUCUCAUACAUGACUAAUUGAAUGUGUGUAUCUGUUCUGACCCCACAGUGUGCACAGCUUACAGUUACGGUGCUGAGGAAUGUAAUCAGUCUUGUAACUGUGUCAAGGAAAAUUCGCUGGGAUGUGACUCUACGACGGGAAAUUGUAUGUGCAAACUAGGAUGGACUUCAAGAGAUUGCUCAAUAGGUAUCAGAAAAUACUGUGUUGAUGUGAUCAAUGACAUAAAGAAAGUUUUGAAUGCAUUCGUGGAUUUAAGCAAUUUUUGUAAGAAAAAUAGGCUUAAAAUAUAGGUGGGGCUUAAUUAAUACAGCAUAAGUAUUAAACUAUUACAUCUUAAACACUAAUAUGCAUUUGUCAAAUAUUCAUAGCUCCAACUGCCACGUAUUCAAAGUAUUUAAAAGGAAGAAUACGUGGCAGUUGGAGCUAUGAAUAUUUGACAAAUGCAUAUUAGUGUUUAAGAUGUAAUAGUUUAAUACUUAUGCUGUAUUAAACUAUUACAUCUUAAACACUAAUAUGCAUUUGUCAAAUAUUCAUAGCUCCAACUGCCACGUAUUCAAAGUAUUUAAAAGGAAGAAUAUUUGGCCGUUUGUUUGAAAUUGGUCUCUCUGUGGAUUAAUAACAAUAUCCGUAGUUGACCAUUAUUUCCGCGUUUAUUCAAAGGUCUUAAAUGAGAACCGAGUUUGAAUAAAAGGGGAAAAACAAUUCCGAGGGAAAUCAAAUAAAUACGGCACCAUGUAACAUGGCUGUGAUGUCUACUGUUAAGAUAUUUUGACAGUUUCACUUUUUACAAAUUUGUAAAAUAUAAAUUUUCGAUGUUCUUUCAUUAAUAUAAUAUAAAAAGAUGUGUGGAAACCUAGAGGGCACCUUUUUCUUUAAAUACGAUGCUAUAUUUGAUAAGCAUAUUUAUAUCCCCCAGGGUUUAAGGAAAAAAAAUAAGGGAGUGGGGGGGAUUCACAUUUAUUUCCAUUUUUAUUACCAAAAUUGUAUAAUAGAUGCAUCUAUUCUGGUGCAGUUUUCAAAUAUAAGACCAUAAGCAACUGAAAAGGUAGGCACAUUUCGUCGGAAAAACAAUCUAUGAGGUAAAAUUACGAAGGACAAAAAAUAUUUAUUUUCGGAGAGAAAAUAGCAUAAUAGUUUGGUGAAUAUCAUUUCCGCUUUCUUAUAAUUUGUGGUUGUUAUGAUUUGGCUAAGUAAGCAUGGAUUGGAUAACGUGGAUUGAAAUGUUUUAAUUGACCCUACUUAACUUAUUGGAAUCCAGUUCAGAAACAACAAACAUGAUUUUGGAACCAUCCAAAAUAGGAAGAGUAGGUUGCAACCACAGGCAAUCUUCUCUGUUUUACAAAAAAAUUGAAAGUACCCUAUCCUGAUGAUGUUACAGACAUGAAAAAUUUGUGUUAGAAAUUCUUUUAAGAAAAAAUAAGGAAUUAUAAUAAAAAUAUAUUUUUUAAAAACACAUUUCAAUGGCAUUAAAAAAAGACAGUUACAUUUUAAAACCCAAAACGCGUUUUUGUCACAGAAGUGUAGAGAAAAAAACACGAAAAAAUACAACUUUUAUCAUUUCGCGUGCAACGGUUUAAGGGCAAGGUCAAUGGGGUGUCUUGUUUUAAUGAAGUUAAUUUUAUCUCAUCAUCGGACUAAGAUUGGGAAGGGGACAGUUUAUUAAAAAACACGAGAAAAAUAAAAAUGAAGACAUCAAUAAAUUCUAAAGCUGCUUGCAUUCCAUCAUAAUUGGGCUAAUACCAGGUUACAUCUUGUAGAUAACCACAAAGCUCUAUCUCAGCAUUUCUAACGGAUGUUCAAUAUUUUAAACUUAAAUUAGCCCUGUUUUAUAAAGUACAUAGAAAUGUUAAACUUUACUGACUGGUGUCAAAUUUUAAUGCAGUUGUUAAUUCAAAUGUUGAUAUCUGAUAUAAAAAUGUAUGUCCCAUCAUCGUACCAAAUUUUCGAACUCAAAUGCCAAAUAAAAAAUAAAGCAUAUGAUCACACUUGCUUUCAUCCUAGACAAUACGUGGUACCCGGAACCGGAAGGCAAUAAACAAACCCAAAUAUUUAACUGGAAAUCUUGUUUAGCACAACCAAGCCACAAAGCCCGUGCAAAGGUCAUAACAUGCAAAAUGCGAGCAAAUAAACAAAGCUCUGAACAUACACUAAAAACGGUUUUACAAUUCUUAAAUUGUCAAGUAACUUUAAAGAAUGUAAGGCAAGGUACAGUAAAGCUUAAAAGAUACGAAAUAUGAUCCAAACAUUCCAACACACUGCUCAUGGUUAUUGUUGGGACGUAAUCAUUAUUUAUUUUAUUAGGUACUGAAAGUUCAAUCAGCCAGGGGCGUGCUAUAGAUAUUUGGGAGGAAUGGCAUGUUAUGGGGACAACCACACAGGGGCGUCAUUUUUUAUAAAUUAUAAUUAAAUAAAAUAUGUAUGUGUGAUUCUGGAUGUUUGCUAAGUGUUUUUUUCUUAUGUCAAGUUACGACCCUGCCACCCCUUCAUUUUAAAAUAAAUAUUGCCUAAAAUUUUGCAUGACUCAUUUUAAGCCAUCACUUUAAUUUAUAUAUCAGCUAGGUGUAAAAAUGAAAGCUGUACAUACAAUUGCCGUGUAACGGAAACCAACCCUUGGACUGAGCAAUGCUACUGCCCAGAUUGGUUGAACCCUGUUAUAACCAACAAGGGAGUUUCCUGUUUAGAGCGCUACGGUAAGGAUGGGUAAAGGUAACAUAAAAAUACAUGACAUUUCAUAGGCCAAGUAAUUACCAAGAGCACUGUGCGUGUAAAUUUCACAAAUUAUAGUUUUUAAAUUUUUUUUUUUUAAAUUUUAAAUCUUGAUAUUUGAAACAUGAGUAUCAUAUUAGAUUAAAUUGUAAAGACAGUUAUAUUAUCAUUGAUUAUUGGAAUAGGUAAACAGUAUCCUAUAAACGUUUUUUUUUUUACUUUUCUAAAUAGCUAAUCUAAGUUAAUUUUUUUAAAAUGUUUCUUUCAAUUUUUUAAGCCUAAAAGGCUGGCUAUAUUAAGAAAUGUUUUAAAAAUUAAAACAAAAACAUUCACAUUAUCUGUUGAAGCUUGUGGAUCAAUAAUUAGUCCCACAAUUGGUCUAAAUGGUUACCUUUCAAGUCCAGGCUACCCCAAUGGUUAUUCUAAAAAUAUAAACUGCAGUUGGCGGAUUGUUGGAAAUGUUGGUCAAAUAAUUGCAUUCAGGUAUGUAUGUAAACUGCAUUUAAAAUUAUAUUAAAAAUUAUAUUUUCAAAUAUAACCUGAACAUUUAUUUUUGUAGAUAAAAAACGAGACGUUGGCUGACUGGUAGUUAUUUUUGCUUAUUAUAAUAUAGGUUGCAUGAUUUUCAUAAAAUGAAUUUGCCGUGUUCUGAAUGUCAACUACUUCAUGAAAAAAGAUGCUUUUGGAUUUUAAAAAAACUAAAAAUUUUAUUGUCUGAUGCUGUUAUGGUUUUAGCAUUAAAAAAAAUCGGGCGGAUAACCAUUUAAAUGCUUUUUAACACAAACCAUGAUGAGCAUGGACUUCUUAGUAGACAUUUAAGUAUUUUCAUCACCGCAAGGGAGGUGAAAAGAUAUACAGAUACACCACUUUUAUUUUACUUAAUUUUAAUUGCUCUGUUCUUAAAUUUAAUCAAUUGAUUGUUGCAAUCCUGUAAAAAGUGUGAAGCUGCUAUAUUUUUUAGGUUCACAGAUUUCCAGUUACAAAAUAGCUACAACUGUGCUAGUGACUAUGUUGAAGUUUUUGAUGAGCUGAGCGCUGGUACCGCAGGAUUGUCACUUGGUCGAUUUUGUGGAGGAACGACGCCACGGUCAUUACAAACAACCUCAAACUCUUUACGUGUUCUCUUCAAAUCAAGCAGCUUUGGUGAAGGAAUAGGAUUCAAUGCAACAUUUAAUACCCAGGGUUGGAGAAAAAUAUACUCUUUAAUUAAUAGUAUUAAAGUUAAAGAAGCACACAAUAAUUAUAUAAUUAGCUUUUAAAUUGAUAUACAUUUCAGGGAAACGUCUUUUUGAAUUAAAAGGACUAAAUUUUAAUGGUCCAUAUUUAUGUCGUCACAACAUAGUCCUAGCAACCAUUUUUUUGGAUAAGUUUCAACUUUUUAUAAAAGUAUGGUUAUUUUAUAAUUAAUUUAUUUAUUUAAUGGUUACAAUACGAUUUUACUUAAAAAUUACACCUAUAAAUUAAUAUAAUAAUUAAAUGACCCAUCAAAUUUUUAAUCACUGAAAAUUUUCAGAGAAUCAAUUUAAAGCAAUAGAUUUGCCUAAAACCUUUACACCAAACACAGUAAAACCUCUGUUUUACAACCUUUAAAUUGCCAUUAAAAUGAGGUCUUAAAUUGGAGGGGGGGUCUUAAAAAAUGUAGGAAUUUUCAGAAAAGGACAUUUAGAAAAUUAAGUAAACAAGUAAAAUAAUUACAAAAACGUACACCUACCAUUAUGUAUAGGCAAUAUCUACCAUCUUUCUUUCAGAACUAUAGAUUAAACUCUGUCUCACAACCAAUACAGUCAUUAUCUUUCUGUAUCGGAUUAAUUUCAAAAUAAAAAAAUCAAUGUUGGUAUGGUAAAUGUUUAAAAGCAUGUGUAAGUGCUGAGUGCAUGCUUAGAGUUAUCACUAUUUAUUUAUAAGAUAAGCGCAUUAAUAUUGCUGUAAUUAUUUUUAUUCAGUCAUUGAAAAGUUGUUUAAAAAAAAGAAAGUUGUUAUUUCUGUUUGUUUGCAUGAUCCCCCCUCCACCGUGCAUGUUCUUUUAGUAUGUCACUUUGAACACAAGACAUGGUGUCGGCAACGACUGAAAGGCCCCUGCUCAGGGAAAAUCUGGUCAACUCCUUGGAGUAUAUCAAGGCAGUGGAGAAGUUGAUAGGUGGUACUAUCUCAUUACAAUUUAUUGUGCAAGAGUUAUUUCCCCUUCAUUACCUCCUAUCUGCUUUAGUGCAUCGUCUGUUGUUAAAGAUGUAAACAAAACUGUUUUCUUCAAGAGCACAAAUGCAGCAUUGCUUUGGAAUCUGACUAUUUCAGGUACUAGAUUGUAAAAUUGAAUCAUUUGAAGUUCGCAAGUCAAGUUUUAGAGGAAGUCGAUUUAAAGAGUCGUUUAUAUAGUACAAAGUAUUUGUGAUUUUUUGUGUGUUGGAGAAACUUGUUUAAGAGAGGGUCCCAAAACAGAGGUUUUACUGUAAUAAAAAAUAAAUUUAACUAAAACCAAUGUAAUAAAGUAAUUUAAAGGUAAAAUUGAAGUAAAAUAGGAGUUCCCCAAUAUUUCAUUUCUGUAAAUCCCAUUGCUGGUAGGCCAAGGCCUAGGUUGAUUCUAGUAAAUUCUAGACGACAAGUGAUAACUAUGAAAAUUAGCAAAAACACCCUCAGAUUUUCUUGGUUUGUUACCUUAGAGCAAAUAGAGCAAAUGUUGUGAGAAUAUUAAAGCAUAAAUUAUUCUGAAUUUCAACACACAAAAAUAUAGUAGACUAAAUUGCAUAAUAAUAUUUAUAUAAAUCAAAUAAUGACUCAGAUUUUUGGGGGAAUGUGGUCAAUAAUUUGUGAUGAUGUAUUAUGAAGUUGCCUAAAUUUUGUGACACAUUUUUUAUGAUUUGGGGGUGGAGGGUUUUGAUAAAAAAGUGAUCAAACAUAUUGUGGCAUCAUUUUUAGUUGGCUUGCUAACAUGGUACUGUAAUCAACAAUAUCUAAAACAAUUUUUGCUAGGAACAAUAUUUAAAUAUGUAAAAGUUGUUACCAUAACCCACUCUACUUUUUUUAUAGCCAAAGCUUGCACGACAUUGACUCUAGCCUCGGGAAUAUUAACAAGUCCCUCUUUUCCAAAUGUCUAUCAAGACAACACAUUUCUGUGUUGGUUGAUAGUUGGUACUGGCAUUACAAUGAGGUAAUUUUAGUUAAAAUAAAAAUAUAAACAAUAAAAAGUCAAUCAAAUUAACUGAAAAAAAUGAUAUAAUAUUUUUAUUUAAAAUUUUUAUCAAGAGAAAAGAUAAAAGCUUUUAAUGGCAAUUUUGCAUUGAGUUUGAUAGUAAUAAUUUAAACAAUGAUAUAGACAAAAUGUAAGCUUUUAAAAUGUUUAAUAGCAAAACUUACCAUUAUUUAACUACAUUAACUAUGUUUUUUAUUUUAUUUUACAAUAAUCCUUAAGUUAUUUAUAAUUAGUCACUUGUCAGUGUUGGAUCAUGGAGCUGAUAAAUUAUUUAAAAUAUUAACUUCACCCAUUCAUUCAAUUUAAAUAUAAAAGUGUUAAAAUAUUUACAGUUUUCAAAAUUUUGACCUUGAAAGUCAAGCAACAUGUAACUAUGAUGCUUUGGAAGUGUACAAUGGGAAUAACAACGCUUCUCCUUUGCUUGGAAAAUAUUGUGGUAACACACUACCUCCAACCUUAAGGACAUCAGGAAACAUGUAUAUUGCUUUUAAAACUGAUUCUUCAGUUGUAAGGCCUGGUUUCAAAGCAAGCUACACCUCAACAAGUAAAUAUAUAAAUAUAUAUAUAUAAAUGGAUAAAUAUCUUUUUAACAUAAUAUUAAUGUGUGAUUACUACAUAAACAUAGAAAGCUCUGACCUUUUCAGUAUAUUGUUUUUAUAAUUUUUUUUUUUCAAGGGAAAAUAGCAUUUUUCAGAAUUUAUUAUUAUGUGUUUUUUAUAUUGGGGAGUGUUUGUAAGCCUCCUUUAUUUUUUUACCUUUUUAUAUUUCUUGAUUUUAAAAAAGUAGCAGUAAUCAAAUUCAGCUCUGAACAAAAAUAAUUUAAAAAUCUAUAUAUAUAUUAUACUUUUUCAGUUAUUAUAUUACUUUCUAAUGCACCCAGCAUCAUAAAAAAAAAAUACAAAAAUACAAUCUAAAUAAAACAGUCAGUGUUAAAAACAUUUGUGAAACUAAGGAAAUUAGUACACGAGUGUUGUGUCUUUUGAUUCAGUAAUCUAUCAGCCCUACAUGAGCUCAUCUGCCGGAAAUAAAUAAUGCAGAAAACAAUAUAUAUGAAAUGCUAAGGUCACCAUAUUUUAUUUUUUAAUGGGACUGUAACAAAUACAACAUUAUCUUGAGUAGUUCCCUCUUAGACAGAGUUUUCCCCCCAUGUACACUUGCAGACUAAUUCCAUCCAUUGUCAUCCAAAACAUGGUUUUUGAGAAGGUCUUGUACUCACUAUGCCAAUCAAUUAUUUACCGUCAUUUCAUGAAACAUAAAAUUCUCACCAUCAAGACUCCAUGUAAAAACAAUGUCUAGUGAAAUUGUCUUUGAGAAUAAUGGAGCUUGAACAAAGUACAUGAAUUUUAAACACAGCAGCUUUUAAAUUGCUUCCAUCAUGCUUGGAAUGUGUUCAACAAAUCCAAAAAAAGUUGCAACAUCUAUGGCAUGAUUGAACAUUAUGGUGUUUAACUAUUUAUCUUCAAAGAAAAACCAAGACUGCUGAUCUAGCAGGCUGGUGUGCUCAUUAUGGUCAAACCUUGCUAAAAUUGACUGGUGCACCACAGGUGAAAGUGGCUGAACAUCUAACUAAAGUUUGUGUCUUAAAGAUGUACAUGGUUGAAAUUUAUACAGCAACAUUCAAUGGUUGUAAAGUUGUGCAUCUAAAAAUUUUAUAUUCUCUAUCAUAUGGCCAAAUAAGAUUUUUUUUUAAAAAGGCAUUUUCUAUUUUCAUUGUAAGUUAUAGUUAUUUUAAAUUGAUGUAAUUUUGUGGACUACUGCUAAAUACUUUUUAAAAUAAUAAUUUAAGGCAAUGUCCUAUAUUUAAAACUAAAUUUGUUAACAAUAAGGACACUAUUUGAUAACUAUUAACAUUUAUCUUCCCUUUUUGUUUAUUAUUAAUUAAUGGUAUUUUUGAUAAUUGUUACAUUAAACAUGUUCCACUUAUCAAUCACUGUUUAAGAAUCUCAGAUAAAACAGAUUUUCAAAAAUUACUAUGAUAUUUGAUGUCAUCAUAGAAAUCAUAUGCAACGUAUUUCUUUAAGUGACUUAUUAACAGUAUCCGUUGUAAUAAAUUAAAUAUUAAGGAGGCCUUUUUUUAAAAAAAUGUAUACUUAGGUUGCUGCUUUAUUUUUUGCCUUACAGCUUUAGCAUGUGGGGGAACAUUCUAUUCUACGUCAGGAACUAUAACAAGCCCAGGAUACCCACGAAAUUAUCUAGACAAUACAUUGUGCUACUGGACAAUUAUUGGGAGUGCAAACCAAAUUGUCUCAUUCAGGUAUAACAUCAUCAAAUUUAUUGGGAUUAGUCAACAUUCCAAUUAUGAAAUAUUACAUUUAGCUAGCAAUUUUAAUGUUUUUAAAUAUAUAUAAGCUCUGUAAUAGAAGCAGUCAGAGACAUAAUUUAACUAAUAUUAAAUUAAAAAAAAAAAAAAUCCUUGUCAUUAGGAUAUCAGACUUGAGUUUGGAGACUAAUCCAAGCUGCAUUUAUGAUUAUGUUGAUGUGUAUGAUGGAGCAAACACCAACUCACCCAGGAUAGGACAUUACUGUCAAGGGAUCAUGCCAAUCACAGUGAGAUCAACUGGAAAUGUCAUGUACAUUGUUUUCAGAACAGAUUUCUCUGUUACAAGUAGAGGCUUCACUGCUGAUUACAUUUCUACUCGUAAGACAAAUAAAAGUUAACUCGACUAUAUUAUAAGCAGCUAAUAUGACUGUAUAGUCAUUCAAAAUGCAUUUAUAAUUUUAUCUUUUUGUAAUGGAAUUAACUAAAAUCAUUGACAGUGAAAAACUUUCCUUUACAUUUUCUUUUUAGUAAAUAUUAUUAUUUAGUUAAAAAAUUAUAAUUAAUUUUUUUUUUAAAUAUUACUUCCUACAAUUUGAAAUCCCUUUUUCAUUUUUUUGUGUGUUUGUUUUCACUCAAGAUAACCUGGAAAUUUAUUAUAAAGAAAAAAUGUGAAUGGUUAAUCAUUUGCAACUAUUUUUUUUCUUUUCGUUGCAAUGUUAUAUCUAAAACAAAAUUUUAUAAAAUUUAAGAUGCUUUAUCAAUUUGUUAUAUUAAUAAAUAUACUGCUACAUUUAAAACUAAAUUUCAAAAUUUUGCUUUAAUUAUACUAGAGCAGCUAGUUUAUCAACAAAUUAAAUUUUUUCAUACAUAAUUUAAAUUAACAGUGCAAAAAAAAAUUAUAAUAAUGAAAUAAAAAUUAUUUUUAAUUAAAGCAGAUAAAAAAAACAAAAAACAUACAUUUAGCCUUUUUUUUUUUAUCUCUCAAUUAGUUUACAUUUUGUAAACUAAACUAAUAAAUUAAAGGAAGGAAAUCUUUUUACAAAAAAUUUUAAAAAUUUUCUCUUUGAUUUGACUUUUAACGUCUAUUCUUUUUGCUAUGGUUUUAUGUCUGUAUUUCUGUAUUUAAUUUAAAACAUGUCAUCCAAACAGAAUGUUUUCCCUGGUUUUUUGGCCAUGGAUGCCAAUCUGCUUGUACAUGUAUUAGAAGCAAUACAAAUUACUGCAACAGUUUGACAGGACAGUGUGUUUGUAAUAAUGGUUGGACAGGAACUGACUGCUCUCAGAGAUAUGAUCCGUGUAUGUCAAAUCCAUGUUCAAGCAAUGCUGUUUGCCAUAGUCAAAACUUAAGCUUCAGUUGCCUGAGCCCUGUUUCGUGUAAGUGUAAUUAUUAACUUUCAUGAAUGAUUUGGUAAUUAUAUUUUAUUUCUUAAGUUUUGACUUUUGAAAUGUUCAAUAAUCAAUUUUGAUAAAAUUGCUAAAAUUGAUACAAUUGCAUUAAUACAGAAUAAAUAAAGCAUAAAAUCAUAAUUUCAAAAAUUAUUGCAUUUUUUAAUAUUUCAGUUAAAAAUGCUUGUUUUUCUCUUUUUUUACAAACUUUUACUUAGAUUGUUGUUUUUUCUUGGUCAAAUCUCAUAAUUCAAUGUUAACUCACUAAAUGAUGUCCAAAUGAGCUGAAACUUUUAACUCUUACCCACCCCCAAUGACACUACAACUUUUUAUGAUCAGUAGGUCACCAGUGAAUGGUUGCCUUCUGUUAUCUUUUGUGUCACCUCUGAAAUUAUUUCUUUGUACUCAUUUAUAGUAGCACCUAGAUAUUAGAAAAAAGCCGUUCUCUCAAAGGUGUGGUUGCUUAUUUUAAUGUUGCAAUCAGUAUGUGUGAUAUGUGACAUUACCAUAUAUUUUUUCUUUGGUUCAUUUGCAUCAAGAACAGCUCAAACUGGGGCAUCUUCAAUUCUCCAAAAUAAAAGAAGAAACAAAAAUAAUUUUUAAAAAAGUGUUUCCAAAAAUGUAAAAAAAAAAAAUUAAUUACAUGUCCCCCAAAACCUCAAUUGUGUUACAUAACACUUACUUGCCACAAUGCAAACAUACAAUUAAUGUGUCACAAAUUGUAAGCAUCAAGCCAUGCGACAUCAUUGUAUUUUAUGGGCAACCCACACUUUUUUAGUCAUUUGAUUUUAACAACACUCACGUUUUGAGGACAUUUAUUUUUUAAUCCUUAUUACAUUUUUGAAAAGUGUUGUGUUUGUUUUUAAAGUAUUGUUUCAUAUUCUUGUAUGUGUUUACUUUUGUUACAUUUCAAUGCAUGAAGUAUCAUUAUAGCAAAGACUAAAAAAUAUAAAACACAAAAAUUGUUUUCAAUUUAGCCUGCACUGCUAAUUUAAAUGCUCAAUCUGGAUACAUCACAAGUCCACAGUAUCCACGUAAUUAUUUGGAUUACGGAUCAUGUACCUGGACUAUCACAGGACCUGAUAAUACUGUAGUUUCUUUGAGGCAAGUACUUUGUGAGCAAUAAAUUGAUAUGUUUCAAGAGCAUCAGAUUAUCUUCUCUGGCAUAUGAAAACCAUCAAAAGAUGAAUUGACUAUAGACAUACGGAGUGUCCAUGAUCUUGGUAUAAAAAAAUGAGAACUCUGUUAAAUAAAGAGCAAAUACUCUUUUUCAAAACUACUACUGAAACUCAGGAACUCAGCAGUUAUUCAUAAACACUAUUAUUUAAUGAAAGCCAUGCUUCAGAUUAAUGUUAAGAAACAAUAAAAACUCAAGCAAGGAUUUUCAAGAAUGGAAGAAAAAAAAUUUACAAUGAAUGAAAAAAAAUAUUCCAUUAAUUUGUAUCAAUAAAAAUAUUGUAUCUUAUUGUAACUUAAAUUUAGCUGUAACAGUGUUAUAAUUAUUCUUAAGAGUGUAAUAAUCAUAUUUUUUUUAAAACUGUCCUAACUAUAUACAAUAUUCACAUAGUUUUCUAUGUUCAUGUUAGUUGUGUAUGAUGGUUUGUUAGCUUUGGCUUUGUUGAUGAAAAGUAUUCCAAAUGAGGGGAGUUAGCUUAUGUUUUGACUCACUUUGUAAAGGAUAUAUUAGUUCUAAGCAGUGCCAUAUUUACUUAUAAGAUUUAUUAAAAGCUAUAACAUUGAUAGACCCUCUAUUAACCAUUACUUUUGACAAGUCAGAGAAAAUCUUUUGAGUAUCAGUUAUGAACUGCACGAAAGCUCAGUCUCUUGGCCCCACUUUUCUUUAUUUUUUAGCAUUAGCUAAAAUAUCAUAUGGAAAUUACAUUAUUAUAUAUCAUUGCUGUUAUAAUCUUAGCUAAUAAGCAAGUUAUUAUAGUAUGUAAAUGUGUUUUAAAAUAAUGAUGUUAGAAUUAAAAAGAUGUUAUCUUUCCAAAAAAUUUAAUAUGUAGCAUAUUCUAUCCCUAACACCUCCCCUCUCUCUCUCUCUUAGCUUCCUAACUUUUGAUUUAGAGACAACCUCAACUUGUGCUUAUGAUGAUGUGACAGUUUAUGAUGGGUUGUCUUCUACAAGUCGUGUUAUUGGAAAAUACUGUGGCUCUAGAGUUUCUGGUCUUCUGAGAUCAACUAGCAAUACAAUGAGAGUUACUUUUAAAAGUGACCUCUCAGUGACUAAGAAAGGUUUUCUUGCAUCCUAUACAACACACAGUGAGUUUUUAAUAUAUAUAUUUAAAUUUUUUAUACAUUUUAUUAAGCUACUUUUUAAAACUUUUAUGAAUGUUUUUCAGUAAUUUUUAUAUGCCUUUACAGUAGUUUAAAUUUAUCCAAGUAAUUUAAAUUCCAUCUGCUUUUAACUUAUUUACCAAAUGAUAUCAUUUAAUUACACCAAUGUUAAUAUUUUUUUUCUCUGCAGGUUGUCCAUCUUUCAAAUUUGGAUUGACUUGUUCAGCUGCCUGCACUUGUGUACAGACUAAUACAAUUUUCUGUGAUAAUACUAAUGGCCUGUGUGUAUGCAAGCCUGGCUGGACAGGAGCUAAUUGUUCUGAAGAUGUUAAUGAAUGCUUAUCUCCAGGUGUUUCAUCAAAAUGUCCCUUAAAUUCAAUUUGUCAAAAUACACCGGGAAACUACACAUGUAUUUGUCGGCCAGGCUUUAUUUUUAAUUGGCUUGGAAAAUGUGAAGGUUAGUCACAGGUAGUGAUUGAAUUUGAGAAAUCAAGGCGUUUGCUAAUAUUAUUUCUUAUAAAUGCAAUUUUAAAAUGGAGAAUCAAUAUUUUACAUAUUCUAUUUUUAAUCAGCAGUGUUUAUAUCUUAGGAAAGUAUAGUAUAAGCUAAAUGAUUAAAUUUAGCCAUAAGGAAGCAUUAAAAUAUUUGAUUUUAAAGUGAAUAAUUAAAUAGGUAUUCAUCUGAAUUGUAAUUAUUUGGUGAUAUUCUUAAAAAUAAAUUGUCGCUAAAAUAAUUAAAUAUUAAUUUAGAUAGAAAAUACUUAAAUUGGUGAAAGACUAUGUUGAAACACAAUAACACUUAUGUGGUUAGGGACUAAAGGACACAAGAGUCAGAUUAAGUCUCUUACUUAGGGUGAAAAAAAAUCGCCUCAAUAAUAUCAGUUAUGAUGGUUGUAAUUUGAGUUAAUUAGUGCUGGGAAUUUUGUCAGUGAAAGGAAUUUUAAAAAAUAAUAAAUGUAAUAUAAUUAUCUGAACUAGUUAUGUUCUAAAUUACUUUUAAAUGGAAAAUACUGCAUUAAAGCUUAGUAUUUUGUUCUUUUUACACUUAUUAUUUUAGCCAGCUCUAACUGUGCCGGUUUCGGACUUUGCUCCCACUCUUGUUUCAUCAAUACAGCAGGAAAGAAAGAAUGCACAUGUCCAGAUAAUAUGAUUCUUAGUGGAGAUAGAUUCACCUGUAUUGGUGAGAUGUAUUAGUUUUUAUUAGCUAUUUUAAAUUUGAACACUAACAAGUAAAAUAAUUUUUUGAAAGUCUCUUGUUUUUACUUUCUAAUUCUGCUAUUUAACGACAUUAUUAAAUAAAAUUUGGAAAUUUGUAUAAUGUCGAAACAAUUAAUACAAUCCUUUGCACAAAUUGAGCAGUUUUAAAUUUUGAAUAUUUAAAAAAAUAUAUAAAUGUAAAACAUAAAUGGACAACAUUUUAUUUUUAGUGCCCUUUUACCCCAAUGGGCCCAAUGCAAGAGAUUCUAUUCAGACAAGAGAGGACAAAGUUUUAUCAAAUGGAGCUUAUUAUAGCAAAGUUUUUUUAGGUGUAGCUGGUGUCCCAUUUGGGAAUAGACUGCAAAAAGAAGCUUAUGUAAGUAAAUGAUACCCUUCUAUGUCAAAAAUAAUGACACCUAAAUGAUUUGAAAAUUGAAUGAAUAAAGCUUACUUUUACAUAUAUGAUACGAUUAAUUUUCAAGUUCCUAACUUUAAAAAAUAUUGAUGUAUUUAGAAUUAUACAUGAUAUAUGCUUGUUUGAGAGGAAAGGGGGUGACAAAUAAAAAAUACUAUGAUUCUGUUUAAAAUAAUUAACACCAUUUUAACAAAUAAAGCAAAAUAUAUAUAAAAUAAGAUCAGAUUAGUUUCAUUAAUGGAUAUUUUUUUUAAAUUAGGGCCAACACUUUACUAUUACAACAUUUAAUAAAAAAAUUGAUAAAUAUUUAAGCAAAAGCAAUAUUAAUUUUAAAAUAUUAAAUUUAAUUUUUAAACAUGCCAUCUAGCGUUUAAAACAAGUCUACAAAUUUAUACCAUUGUAAAUAUAUCUUUCCAUUUUUAAAUAAGGAUGUUAAAACAUAUUAAGAGAAAGGGUCAAUUGAAAGAAAGGCUAAUUUUCUCUCAAAAGGAAUAAAGAACAAGAUACACGCUUGUUAUAAAAUAUUUAACCUGAUAUAAUAUGUAAAUAAACAGCUAUCUUGAAAAUAUUGUAAUGUCUUAAGGACCUUAUCAUGACAAAUAUCGCUAUAUAGAAGCAUGCGCAUAAAGAGAUGAUGUGUCAGCUUAUCAUUCCUCCAAUUUGAAAUGUUUCUACAACAGCAAGGUUGAAAAAUUUGAUUGCACAACUGAUAGUUUAAAAAGACCUGUACAUUGUUAAUUAUAUUAUUCUGGUAUUUAUCGCUGUUUAUUGUAGCUCCAAAUAAUAAUGCAGUUAUCAGUAACAAUAACUGAAAUAAAAAUGAUCCAUAUUUCAAAUUUAGUUUUUUUACCGUUUGAAAAUUGCUCUGUCAGCAAGUAUAUUAUAUUUAACCACAUUUUAAGGAUUCCUAUCCAAGUCCAUGAUGUAAUACAAUCAUUUUGCACAUACAACAUUAAAAUAUCUGUGAAAACUUUUUGAACAUUAAAAAAAAAUAAGAUUUCUGAUCCAUUGUGCCCCGACUCCCCCUAUAUUUUUAAAAUACAGAUUAUAUAUGUUUUUAUGCUUUGAUUUUGGUGCCACCUGAUUUCAGAUACUAAGCAAUGGCAUCAUCAGCUUUGAGAGCCCCGCUGUUUCACAGGAACCAAACCUAAUUUCUGCAUCUGCCAGUAACAAAAACAUGAUAGCUCCAUUCUGGGCAAAAAUAAAUACGAAUAAAGGUACUUUGUAUUAUCAUUGGUAUGAAAAAUGUGACACUAAUGAUAACUCACCAAUGAAAAGUCAAGUAUUCGAGAGAGCUGCUAAAGAUGUAAAAGAAUAUUUCCAGCUGUUGGACUUUAAUGUAAACACAGCUUUGGUAGCAACAUGGAUUGAUGUCCACCCAGCCAGUGAGCAGGUUUGUAAAGGAUAUGAAAUAAUUUAUACAAUUUUAUUUUAAAUGCUACCAAAAAAACUAAAAUUAUGCAAUAUAUACAAGGCAGACAAAAGAAGGAGUGUUCACUUUACAAAAGCUGGACACUUUGAAUAAAAUAAGAUUCUCUUGCUUUCUCAGUGACUUUUAUCCCUAGUUCUAAAACAUGCUUAUAACUAACUAUAUGUAGCCAUGUGGUGGUGAUAGGACAGCAAACAGUUUUAAAGUACACACUCAACAAAAUCAAGUUUUGAGAACUAUAUCUUUAUUUGGUUCUAUAAACAAUGAAAAAGAGAAAUCUAAAAGAAAUGUCCAAAAAAAAAAAAAAAAAGGAAAAUACUAAACGGCCAAAAUAGUGCUGGUGAACAAUGCCUCUCUUUAAGGAUGCGAUUAAAACUUUGAAUGCCAAUAACUCAUUAACACAGCAAUUAUAAAUUGGGCUGCUCUGACAAAUGAGGGAUCAUCUACAUCACAUAUCGGACAGAGUGGGCCAUACUUCACUUCUGGUAGAUUUCCUGUGGGAAUUUAUCAAUUACUGGUGACUCGAACUUGAAUAAAAGUUAAAAUCUCCAACCAAGACCCUAAAGACCUAUAUGCAUCUGUACGCGCCAUAUCUCGGCUAUCGAAGAUACACUUUUAAAUUUGUACAAGUUAAAUAGUUAAAUAGAUAUUUUAAAAAGAUGAAUGCAAAAACUCGUUUAUUACUAGCUAUUUUAAUGCCCUCAAACAUGUGGACUUCCAAAUAUAAUAUUGUAAACAUAAUAAAAUCCCCUUUCCAAAAAGAUAUAAUUUAUAAAAUAAUACCCAAGGGUUGCCAAGAAAUAAAUUAUUAAACUUAUCCCAAAAGCACACAUAGCAAUUUCCCAAAUUUAAACAUUAUAUGCAAUGGAGUUGAGAACUUUUUGAUGCCAUGUAGUACAUAACCCAGAGGUCCAAGUCCAUGACAGUUUCAUAAAGGUACAUCCUGCCCUGCCAUAUGAAUAUUAGCUUUUCAAAAUUGUCUUAGCCAAUCAUAAUGUCAGAAUGGGAUCAGCUAAAUCAACCAGAGGGCACUAAUUUGUUAACCUUGGUUUGAAAAUGAUUAGAACUGAUAACUUUAAGUAGUCACACAUUAUUAUCUUACAUAUAAUGUAGGACUAAGGGGAGUUUAGUCAUACAAAAUCUAGCUAUUCUUGUGUACACAUCAUAUUUACAUCAACCCCGUGAACUAAAAUUACACUUUAAAAGUAAGUAUCAAGUCACAUUUCUAUAAUCAAGUUAUUAUUUUUUAAAACAAGUAAAAAAUUAUAUUUUUUUUAAAGCAAAUCUCACCCCGCUAAACCAACCUGAAUGAGAAACUGUGUUUUAAAGUAUUAUGACCAAGUAGAUCCUGAAAAACUGCAAUUUACUGCAUAAAUCAGCUAAAAUUUCAUUGCUCUCUAAUAUAUUUAAGAAAAUAAAUUAGACCAUAUAUUUAAAUAUAAUAGAAAUAUUAAAUUCUUACUUUUAUUAGGCUCAUUAUUUAUCUUUUCUAUAUGUCACCUUUACUUUUCAAUUGUUUUACUACCACAAUCUUACAAGUUUUAUAAUAAAAAUAUAAUUUUUAAAUUUCUAGUUUUCUUUUUCAAAUGAUUUGAUUAUAUCCAGCCUUAUGGAUGGACCAGAAACAAAUCUGAAAAUGUCAACAAAGCAUCAACAUCUUUUUUUUUUUUCAUUUAAUACAAUAGCCAAUGGAUUCAUUGGUAUUUUAUUUGAUUUUAUGACAAGAUAGUAAUGCAACUUUGCAAAUCUAUGAGUCAAUAUUUUGUUAUAAUUAUAGUAAUUGCAGAUUUUAAAAAAAAAUUUCUUUAGGAUACCGAGUCUAUUUCUUUCCAAACUGUGUACAUCAGUGGCAACAAAAAACUUGGAAAUGGAAACCAAAUCCAAUUUUCAGGCAUGUAUUUUUGUUAAAUUUUAGUUUGAUUUAAUACUGCAAGGUUGACCUCUCAUCCUAUAUCUGUAUGUAUGUAUGGCAUCUUUCCUUCUGAGAUAGAUUAUCUUUAUUGCUUGCAGCUCUUGGUGUGGCUGAUGAGACCAAUCCUCGAAUGGCAGUCUCUGUUACAUUUCCCACACACGAAUUCGGUGGAGCAGUAUUUACCGGCCUUCCUCCUCGCUCUUUUUGCAGCUGUUUCCGCCCUGUUUUGAUCCUUGGCAUGUAGUGAUCCUGCCUUCACUAUGCCCCGCCAUGAGGAUCGAUCCUCUGCCAGCUCCUCCCAGUUUGAGAUGUCGAUGUUGGCCGACUUCAUGUCUCUUUUGCAUAUGUCUAAGUAUCUCAGAUGAGGCCGUCCAACUGACCGUUUUCCUGUCGCCAGCUAGCUGUAUAGCACGUCCUUUGGUAUGCGACCAGGUUGCAUUCGCUUGAAGUGUCCAAGCCUGCGGAGGUGUCUUUGGAUUAACAUGGCUGGGACGCUACACAUGUUUGUUUGGGACAGAACAUCCGUGUUGGGGCCUUUGGCGUGAGUUUGGCGUUUGACCUUUGGCGUGAGUUUGGCGUUUGUGUGAUAUGCCAAAGCGGCUUAGUCCGCAAACAAGAACUCCCGCAGCAAGACCUUUCUUGUUUUAGUCUUAGCUCUAAGGCGGGCAAUGUUGAUUAAUUUGCCAUCAGCUCUAGUAUGGAUGUAUAUCCCCUCGCUGUUGCUCUGAAAGGCAUACUGGAGUAGGAUGGAGAAAAAGAUUGCAAAUAAAGUAGUAGCCAGCACGCAACCUUGCUUUACUCCUCUACUCACUGGAAUAGCUUCUGAGCGGCACCGUUAUAGCACACUGUGCCCUGCAUGUUUUCGUGGAACUGCUUGAUGAUGUUAAGCAGUGGUGUAGGGCAGCCUAUGUUUUUGAGGAUCUGAAACAGGCCGCUUCUGCUGACAAGAUCAAAAGCCUUAGUGAGGUCGACAAACGCAAUGUAUAAAGGCAUAUGUUGCUCCCUGCACUUCUCCUGCAGCUGGUGCAGAGAGAAGAUCAUGUCUAUGGUUGAUUUACCAGUGCGAAAACCACAUUGCGAUUCUGGGAGUACAUGCGAUGCUCAUCCAACAUCAUGAAUAACAACUCAUAGUCAGGAUUUAAUUACAUAGGAGGACUUUUUGAUUCCAUGUAAACAUAUAGUUAUAUUCUUAGGCCCUUUGAAUUUUAUAGCAUCCAAAUGUAAAUACAUUUGUGUAUAAUAGGGCAUUGAAAAUGUGUUGGCAUUACCAUUUAUAAGAACUCAACAUUAGUACAUCAAUAACAUCAUAUAUUUGUUGGCUCUUGCAGGUUAUAUUAAUAGACACAUUUUAUUUGUUGACAGUCUAAAAAUUAUGCAUUUAGGGUAGUUGAGCAUGCAACAGUUAUGUUUUAAAGUUUGAUAUAAUCAGGAAUUUUUUAUUUUUGUGUUUUUUUUUUAAGAACUAUCAACCACAUCAACUUACUAUGAUAUUGUACUGAUGAUGUCCUUAAAAUAAAAAUGACUUUAUUUUUAAAAUAUCUUUUUCAAUACAUUUUUUACAAUCUGCUAUUUUUUUUUUUCAGAUGAGGAGACAGCAUAUGUAAUAUUCAUUUAUCAGAGUCCAUCAGAUCAGUCCCUCAGAUGGGUUAGUGUACCCGGCAGGCGUGUUCAAGCUGGUUUUGUCAGAGCAGGGAUAAAUAUCAUGGAUAUUGGAUCAAAAGCUGAUGAUUUUGUUUAUCAACUUUCUGAUGAGAUGGGAGAUAAUACUGGUAGUUAUGAAGAAUUCAAAUCACCUUGUUUAUAAUUUACAGUUAUUUUAUAACUCUGGUGAUGAUUGGUAAUCUUAAUAUUGAAACCACAAAAAUAAAUGUAUAUUUAAAAUAUUGAAGCCAAUAAGAAGCACAUUAUAAAGUUUAAUAAAGGUUAACACUUAAAUAAUUAUAUUUUCUAUAAACCAUAAAUAGGCUUAAAAGGUGCUUGGGCAUAUGAAGUAGGAAGACUUACAGCAUCUGCCAAGAAAUGUCAGAGAUAUGUCUGCCAACAGUCUGCCCUUUUGGCUAAUCCUAAAUACAUCUCUGAUAUGGAUGAGCUUUAUAAAUGUCCAUGUACUCUUGAUAGACUUGGACGACAAUGGGAGAUAUUCAGUGUGUCUGGAGAUAUCACUUGCUAUAUUAUCAAAAGUAUAGCAAAGCAGCGACUGUUAAAAAACAAUCUAAGGAACAGGGUAUAAUGAUAGUUUUUUUUGGUCUUUAUUUUAUAGAUUAAACUAAGGGGCUUUACUUGAGACAGCGAUUACAAGAUUUAAUUUUCAAAUUGACAUUCCACUUUUGAGACCACAGAAAAGGGUGAAAGAAGCACUCACUUGGUUGAAAGACCAUGAAUAACAAUUAUCUACACCCACCCCCUCCAAAUAAAAAAAGAAGAGAUUAGUAUUAUUUGGCUUGUGUUAAAAAAAAAAUAAUUAAAGUUAGGUUUAUUUGCUUAAAGUGCUUGUGUUUUGUUUCUUUGAUGAAUUUACACAUUUUUGUGUUUAAUAUAUGGGCUAAAUUAUUCUUUUUAAUUGUCGCACAUACUUGGAAGUUAUUUUUAAGGUAUGCAUAAUGCUAAUUUUUUAAUUAAUUAUUUUAUUACAGAGUAAUACUUACUCAUUUCUUCUAUUCUUUGUAUAGAUUUGCUGCUAUAGAGGUGUUAUCUCCUAUUACGCGUCAUGGGCACAAUAUCUGGAAUCACUGCGUUGGGCAACUUUCAUUCACAAUAGUCCAGAUGCUGGACAUGUUUUGAUCAGUGAUCCAUGGCAGGCUUGGUGGAAUACGGGAUUAUCAACAAACCAGCAGGCAGCUAAUGAGAAUAUUCAGGCACACAACUUGUGCUGUAAACAGUCUACAGAACAGCUUUGUGCCAGCUUCUACAAUGUAUUUCCAGAUACAGCCUGUAGUAAUUUGGUGCCUUUUAUUACAGGUAAUUUUGGUUCACAAUUAUUUAAUAAACACGUUCCCUGAAAAGUUUCAUUAUUUGAAGAGAAACUCAAAAGCUGAUGAGGAUAUUGUCACCCUUAAAAUAUUGUUGAAAUAAACAUUUUUAUUGAUUAAAGCAAUAUUACUGGAAAAGCUCAUUAAAUGAUUGAUAUUCUUUGGUCUUGCUAAUUUGAAGAAAAAAAAAUUCUCAAAAAGAACUAAAUUUUGUGAGAUGUUUAAGAAUUAAUCACAACAAAAAAAUUCUACAAGAGGUGUUUCAACAAUUAAAAUUAAAAGAUUCUCAUAAAUAGCAACAUGCGUCUGUGUUAUUAUCUUAUAUUGCAAAAUAAUAUUUCCUUACAGAAGAACUUUGAAAAAAACUAUUUUGCAUACAUUAUUGAAAUAUGCCAAAAUAUUUGGGAUAAAAAGACAUUCAUACCCAAUGUUGUGCAAUAAAAUACACACAUUUGUUUUACAAAUCUUACUUUCAAUCAAAACAUUAUAUGUGCUUAAACAUUUAAUGUAAGAUUAUAUUUUAUACAACAGGUGCUGCCUUAGGAGAUCCCCACUUCACCACUCUUGAUAAUUGCUCAUUUUCAAUGAAUGGUUGGGGCGAGUACAUUCUUAUGGAUGUUCCCUCCAUUAAUUUUACACUACAGGUAUGUUUGCUCUUUUUCACUUUAUAAUGGCUUAUUGUAGGUUUUUACUUUUCACAUAGUAAAUCAUAGAUGCAUGGUAAAAUUUAAACUGAAACAAAGAGAAGGAUGCUCACUCUUCAGCACUGCAUUGGCUUUUGGCUAUUCAAAUAAAAAUAAAACAAAGUUCCAACUGUAAAGGAAAAAAAAAAAUGUUAGCCAGUAACGUGUUCUCAAUGUAUUGCCCAGAAAGAAAGUUUUGCUCUCUAUGUUUUCAAGCUCAGUAUUAAAUAAAGAAAUACAUUAUGACUAAAAGUUGACACAAAAAGAUUUUAUUUUAAAUUAUGAAAAUCACCCUGAAUGUUAAAUGCCAUGUAACAAAUAUUACACAUGGAUUUUACAUACAAAAUUGUCAUGUAGUUAUAAUCCAGUUUUGAUUUAAUUAAAUACAUUUUUUAAUUGUACAUAGUAUAAUUUUAGAGAUCAUCUUUGUUAUCUAUACCAAAUGGGGCCUUUAUAAAUGAUGAUUUGCAUCUAUUAGUAAAAUAUACAACAGCAAUAUAUAAUUGUUAACUUUUAAUGUCCAUAGGUGAAAUCCACAUUUUUGACAGUCAUUUUGAAGUGAUAAAAUUUUAUUCUAGGUGACCACAGACAACAUUCCAAAACUUUAAUAGUUGUUAUGCUAUUAUAAUGGGUUGCAUAUCAAAAUUCGAGGAUGGAAUGGGCUAUGGCAAAAUUGCAUUAGCUGUACAGGAAUAACAAAUAUUAAAGCAUGACAGAGCAAUAAUUCAUAAUUGAUAAAAAAACAACAAAUUAUUAACCAGUUUGAAAAAAAAACAUUUGCAUCAAAAGCAUAAAAACAAAUAAACAUAUGCAAGUUACAAUUACCUAAUUUUACCUUACAAUAAAUGGAAUUUUGAAUAAUUCAAAUACAUUUUAUCAAUAUUGGAAAAAAAAAUAAUUAUUUUUUGGCAAUUUGAAAUUCCUACAGGUCAUGUACAGAAAAAUAAAAAGACUUUUGUUUUUCAUUUCAUAGGCUUCCAUUACAUUUUGAGUCAAAACUUUGUUAUUUGUUAUGCUGUUGCAAAGUUUUUCUUAUCUGAUGUUGUAUAUUUGCAUAGGCUAUUUCAGAAAUAUAAUUAUGCCGUGAAAAAUGAAGGUCAUAUUGUGAGAAAAAAUUGUGUUUAAUAUGUUGAUCCUUUUAAAUUUGAAAAUGAAAAUAAAACUGCACAAGUCUUAAAUCUCUAAAUUAAUACAAGUAAGUUUACUUUUAGUAUAGGCCUACUUCUUAUGUAUAAUAUAUGCAUAAAUUCUGAUACAAAAAUAAUGAAAACUCCUCUCUAACAUUUCUAAUUGGGUGGAUAAUAAAAAUAAAAUUAUUGUAUCAACAAUGGCAUGUGAUAAUAAUUUUAGAAACGGAUACAAAAUUAAAAUUUAAAAAAAUAGACUAAUUCACUGAAUUAUACCAAGAAGGUAUUAGGAUGUAUAUGUUGUUUGUUUGGACAGACAUCCCAAUAAAAGAAGGUUCUCACUGCAUGAAGGAUGCUGCAUAUUACUCAUAUGCAGUAGAGUUCUGACUUUUCAAUUAUGUGACGAGUAUUAUCACUAUGACUUUUGGCACACAAAGAAAGAAAUGACUUGAAAAGCUCCUCAAUAAACAAUAUAUUUGGUGUAGAUUAUAAAUGACUAAAGUAAAUAUAUUUUAUGUUUACAUUUUUUUUUUAUCAUGGUCACAAUUUAUUUGUAUUCGCAUAAAGGCCAGAACAGACAGAGCUGAAACAAGUUAUGGUACUUUAAGCAAUGCAACUGUGUUCUCAGCAUUUGCUGCCAAAGAAGGCAGCGACUCAAGUUUCCAAGUGAAAUUGUCAACAAACAAAACUGGUAACAAUUGUUAUAACCAUACCUAACCUGCUGUCAAGUUGUCAUAGUUCUGUAGAAUUUAAAAAACAGCUCUAUUUUGGGAGGGGGGGGGGCUUGGUUUCUAUGGAGUUAUCACAUGUUUUCUCUCAGAACAGACAUUAAGUUUCUGCCACUUCAAUUCCUUUAUUCUAAUAACUUGAAGAUCACUAGCUACUGAUUUUCCCUGCUAAAAUAUCCAAAAUUCUCUCUCAUAAUGUUGAAAGUUAUCUGCCUUGCCUUCUCAGUCCCCUUUUAUACCCCAGCAAAAGUUCACUCAGAUAAAAACCUACUUUCACUGCAUGUUUACAAACUUAUUCUAUCUGUGAUUAAUAAUAUGUUUUUAUUUUAAAUACAACUAUGUUGGUAUUUAAAAAAAUUUAAAGUUACUUUUCCAGCUCUCUAAACAUUUUUAUAUUAAAUUUUAUCAUUUAAUCUUCUUUUAAAUUAACAAUAUUUUUAAAAAAGAUUUUUUGUUUACCAUACAAUUCUGCAGUGGGCAUAGCCCAAAAUAUAUAAACCCUACCAUUCAUACAUACAAAUUUAUUAUAGUCAUCUGUUUGUAAUAUGAAUUAUUAAACUUUUUUUUGUUUAAACAAAAUUUGUUUAAAUUACACAGUAAUGAUUAUCAUGGCCAAUGAUUCUGAUGUCACUAGUAGUUUUUAUAGCUCUACAAACUUCAGUCUUUACACUGACAAUAUUGAAAUCAGAAGGGAAGAUUUGAUGAAUAAGACACAAGUAGUAGCCAUUUUUUCAUGUGGUAAGUAUAUUUUUUUAGUGUUGAUUUAAUUCAAUAUACAUUAUGUUUCUCACAACUAAUUUCUCACUCAAGAAUUUAAUUUUAUAUAGGGAGCGCCAAGAAAAAACAUUUAUAAUAGUAAUAUUUCCACAGGUAUUGUGCUAUUGGUCAAAGUUAGGUAAAUGUAAAAAAAAAUUUGACCUUUUGUAUAUUUUAUUAAUAAAUGCAAAUCAUCAGUUUUAAAGGGCCCCAUUUUGUAUAGAUAAAAAAAUUUGAUCUCUAAAAUUAUAUAUAAUUAAAUAACAUAUUAAUACCAUAUCAAUAAAAUCAUAACUGGAUUUUAACUACAUGAAAAUAUUGUUUGUAAAAUACAUUAAUAAUGUUUUUUUAUAUGGGAUUUAAAUUAUUUGUAAAUUUGAGGCAGUAGAUUUAAAACUUUGUAAAAUGAGACUGACUAUGAUUAUGAUAAGAAUAUUUUAUAUUAUUACAUGAUGCUUUUGAUUGUUUUAUUUUAAGGUAAAUAAAUAAUUAUUUCUAAAAUUUCAAAUAUAUAUUUUGUGCUUUUAAAUUUAUUAAUCUAUUAUGUAUGUUAUUAGGCGUGUCUAUUAUCAUUGGACUGGGUAUAAAGAGUUUAGAAAUUGACCUGGAAGUGGACAAGUCCUUGAAAACAUUAACCAAAGGCUUGUUUGGAAAUUUCAAUGGAAAUCCUGAUGAUGAUUUUCAGCUUCCAAAUGGAACUAUUUUAUCAAGAAACCUUACAGAAAGAGAAAUUUUGGAACAGUUUGCAUCUGCUUGUAACUAUUGUUUUAUUUUAUUUUUUAAAAUAAUAUAAAUGACCACUAAAAAGAAUUUAAUACUAAGUAUGAAUGUAUGAAUGAGUGUAGGCUUUGGGUUUCACCUAUUAAUAUUAUCUUUUGAUAUUUCGGCUAAAUUUUGAAAUUUUCUACCUAUUAUUUUUUUGCCAGAUAAAGUGAAUUCAUUAAACUCAGUUUUUCUCUAUGAACCUGGGAAAAGUACAGCCGACUAUCAGCAUCCAGAAUAUCUUCCAGCAUUCAAAGAAAAUUUUAAUAUAACAAAAUUCACUGAGGCGACAUCUUUUUGUGGCAUAGGAAAGGACGCUUGUAUUUAUGAUUACAUUACAACUGGAGAUCAGAAUAUGGCUCUUAAUACAAAGGUCUCUAAGGAAAUUGUUGAAAUUGUGAGAGCUAAUCUAGGUAAAAUAUAUAUGACGUUGAUAAAUCCUAUAAUUUGUUAUUCUCAAAAUUAAUAAGUACAUAAUUAUUUUUGUAUCAAUGUGUUCUUGGUUUAAACAAUGCCAUAUUAAUUGUGAAAUACUUUAUCAAAUAUUUAAAAAAAGAUGCUUUUGAGAUACUUUAAAUACCUGAUUUUUUAAAAUUAAGAUUAGACAACAAAAGUUUAUUUUAUUUGGAAGUGCUAAUAUAGUUAUUUUUAAAAUGUAUUUUAAGCAAUAGUUUUAAGUUCUGCUCAAUUUCAGUGUGAGAAAGAUGUAUUCAUUUAUAGGCUUAUAUUAUAAUUACAAAUACAUAGAAAAUAGAAAUAAAUUGUUAUACAACCAUAGUGUUUCAUACUGUUAUUUUAAUAUUUUUUUUCCCUCUGCAGCCAAUACACCACCAUCUUUAGAGAUUGUAAACAAAGAAAACAUAACCAACAACAGAUGGUUUGUGCUUGAGAAUCAACCAAACAAGUUACAACUGCUGGCCUCAGAUCUAGAUGGAGACAAUGUAACAUAUGUUGGCUUCAACAAUACAAGAGGAAUAACACUAUAUCCAAAUGGAACCAUUGUUUAUCUUCCAAAUAUCACAUAUCCUGUCAUUAUAAGGUACUGGUAUAAUUAUUUUUUCUUAUUUUCAAACCUAGUUAAAGUAUUCUUACAUAUAUUCAUAAGCAAAUCUUUUUAAACAUUUUAAGAUGCCAUAAUUUUAAUUAUUAUUUUUUUUAUAUUGUGGACAGUAUUCAUUUUUUAAAAAUUUCAAUUAUUUCUCUAAAGAUUUAAGUGCAAUAAAAUUUCCACAAAUAUUAUUUUAAAUUUGACCAAUGUUACACUAAAAGACAAAAGAAAUUUCCAAGCCAAAAAAAGUAGUAUUGUUUAAAAACAACUUGCUGAAUUCUGAAGUCAUAUUUUUUCUCAAAGUUUUAUUUGUGUUCCACAAUAAAAAUAAAUUGUUAAUAUUAUUCCCUUCAUCUAGCAUCCAAGUAAAAGAUACUAAAAAUGCAUUGUCACCUGCACUAAAUAUCCCUAUUACUGUGCGCCCAUUGUGUAGUGGACAUGGUUUGUACAACUCAACAGAAUUUCGACAAAUAGAAUACUUGGAAGGACAGUUUAAGAUAUUGAAAUGUCUUUGCUACCCUGCUUACACAGGUAUAAUUUUUAUUUGUCUUUCAAAGCAAAUUAUAUAGGCUACCAUUAAUAGGGUCUCAAAUGUAAUAUUGUUAAACCAAUAUUUAAGAACUUUAUCUUUAUAUUGUAGUCUCCAAUUGAAUUAGUAGAUUGAGUUAUUCAUUAUACCAUAUUUAAGUAGCUUCUUUGAUAUUUUAAGUCAUGUUGUGAAUAAUUUAUCUCAAUUAUUGUUCUACCAUUUAAAAAAAAGAUGUUUUGUUCUUGUGCAUGUAAUAGGAGACAACUGUGAAUUAGAACUUAAUGCUUGUGAGUCACAACCCUGUUCUAAGGGACAGAACUGCACCGAUUUAACAGCACUGGAACAAGGAAACAAGACAGUAGGCUACACAUGUGGACCCUGUCCCUCUGGUUAUGUUGAGAUAGCCAAAAAGUGUAUUGGUAAGUUAUAUUUAUAAGGAUUUCUUAGUUAGAAUUUUUUUUACGAACAUUAAAUUAUCACUUCAAUCAAUCUUUAGACUUUAAAAAUGUAAAUACUCUAAGAAAAUAGAAUAAAAAUUGUAAAUAGAAAUUUUAAUAUUAUAACUUUGCUAUUGAGUCGGUUUUUUUUCAUUUGUAGAUAUUAAUGAGUGUAAAAACUCAAGUGUAUGUAGCCAAAUAUGUGUCAACACAGAAGGUUCCUAUCAGUGUAAAUGUCAGGAUGGGUUUAUUCUCAGUGCUGUUGACAAAAAAUCAUGCAUUGGUGAGAUUUCUUGUACUCAUUUUGUUUUUAUCUUUUAAAUUAUAUAUAAUCUGAUUUCAAUGCAUCCAACACUUCUUUAAAUAUUUUUCAGUGCUAGUUAGUUUUCAAUUGUCAAAAAAUUUUAUAAAUCAUUAUUAAUUAUUCCUGCUUAACCUAAAAGAAAUAAUUAUUUUAAGAAAGGAGCAAAUGAAGUUCUGAGUUUUUGCAUUCCUCUUUUUCCAUUGUUCCUUUUAAGGUAUGGCGUGCUCAAACUGUUCACGCUGCAAUUGUGUUUCAAAUAACACUGAGUCUUGUAAUGAGAUAACUGGUCAGUGCAUUUGUAAAACUGGCUGGACAUCAAACAAUUGUUCUGUGAACAUCAAUGAUUGUGUCAACAACACCUGCCCCGCUCACCUGCAAUGUAAGGAUAAAGUGGCUGGUUAUGAUUGUGUUUGCGAGAAUGGCCAAUUGCCUGGUGUAAAUGGAAUGUGUAAAGGUAAGGUGAGAUUUUUUCUUUUUAAUUUAUGAAUCAACUUAUAAUUUAAGUUUUUGUUCAAAAUUUGAAAAUGAUCUUGUUUAAGAAAAUUUUUCCCAUUGUUAAAUUUAUUCAAAUUUUAUUAAUUAUUUUCAGACUGCAACAGAACUUUGACAACAACUAGGGGAAAUUUCAUAUCCUCAAACUAUCCCCAGAAUUAUGACAGUAAUACUUACUGUACUUGGACUAUUGUUAGCCAUGAACCCAAUGCUAUUAUUGUUCUUAAGUAAGCAGUAUCAGUAUGUGGUUCUAAAAAGUAUUUAGAAAAUGUUGGCAUAAAAUUACCGUAUUUAUUGGCGUAUAACACGCACUUUUUCUCCCCGAAAAUAGGGGCAAAUCAUGUGUGCGUGUUUUACGCCGAUAUAAUGUUUAGUUUUUUUCCCUGAAAUUUUCUUCUUAAAUUGAGGUGCGUGUUAUACGCGGGGGCAUGUUAUACGCAAAUAAAUACGGUACAUUAGUAAAUAUAUUUCAUUAAGGUAUUUUGAUGUGUUUACUAAGUUGUUUAGGUAAAUACAGUAUGUGCCAAAAUUAACAGUACUGAAACUGUUGCAUCUUAAAGAUGUAAGUUCAUUAGUUAAUGGUGCAUAGCUCAAUCUCUAAGGUUGUACAUUACUUUACAGUACCAUAUAUGUAAGCCAGAAUGUUGUACUAUGGAGUAUUUUUGGCCAUGUGUAAAUGGACACAUAUUUUCUUUAGAAAUGCAUGGUUCUUAGGCAAAUGUCUCAUUCAUUCAGAUGGCUACAUCAAUUGCCAGACAGUACAGUAGUUUUAAGCAGCCAGGUAUUAAUGUCAAUAAAACUAGGGACAAGGGACAAUAUGGUGUGCCAUUUCAGCACAUGGUAUUGUAGACCCUUGUUUCAAUGAGGAUAAGGAAGUCAAUACUUUUACCAUCACUCAAAAAAUCUUAUUGGGGCUUUGGGAUUGAACAAUUUCUGAAGGGUUUGUGAAGGUUCUGUCAUGCAAGUAAAUGUCACAUAAAAAAAGACAACUGGUAUCAACAGGUUGUGGUGACCAACCAUAUGGGUAUGCUGCAUAAAAACUUUCCUGGAUGAUACUUUACACAUUGUACCCAUACCCAUCAAAAUCCACUGAUUUUAUGCCAGCUGAUGGCUACUUGGGUGGAAAGUUAAAUUAGAGUAUCUAGAUUAAAUUGGGACGAUUCACAAAGAACUGUGCCUGCAUUGUACCAGAAAAGAAUCUCCUUUCUAAGAGUCUGCAGCAAACAUUGUUUAGUCAUAUGUUUGAAAUUAUACAUGAGUGAUACAAAUACUGUCUACAGCAAGGCAGUGGCCACUAUAGACAUGUACAUUAUACCACCAUUGUAAAUUAAUUUGUCUGUUAGUUUCUUUGGUAAGUAAUACAUUUGCAGAUGAUAAAAGGCAAUAGUGUGUGUAUUUUCUUUUCAGUACUGUUACUGUUGACUUAUGCUGUAUUUCUAAUGUAAAAUCAUCAUGUUUGGUGUGGAAAGUUUUAUUUCUUUUAUUUAAAUACUAUUUCAAAUUUAACAAUACCAAACUAUUAAAUUUGUCAUAAAUAACUAAAGAAAUAAAAGAUAAUAUUUUUAAUAGUUUUAUCAAUCUAAAUUAAAAUCAGCAUCUCAGAAUAUGAGGUGGAAGGCUGUCCAUUAGACUACCUUGAGAUAUACGAUGGUAACAGUACAAGUGCCAGGCGCAUCAGUCGUCUGUGUGACUCCGGUCCUCGGAUGGUGACUUCUACAGGAGGAUCCAUGCAUGUGGUUUUUAUUUCUGAUGAUUCAACGACACGAAUAGGAUUCAACGCAUCAUACUCCAUUGAAAGUAAGUAUUCACAGUGAAAGAGAAAUUUAAUAGACCUUUUUAGUUUAAAUUUCAUUAUUGUUUUGCCAUCAGAUAAGGUUUUGUGCAUGGAGAAAAAAUACAUUCGAUUGGUGUGAGUGAAAGAUUAUGAUGAAGCAAGCUAGACCCAUCUAUGAGCUUAUUUCCAUUGAUGUUGUUUGUGUUAUAAUAUUCUUGUGUUUUUUUUUAUUUUAGGAAUAUUAAUUAAUACUUGAAAGAAAAGAGCAAUACAUAUUAUGGGGAAUUACAAUUUGAAAACAAUGCAUUUCACUUUUAGAAAUUUGAAUGGUUUACAGGUUCUUUUUUUAAAAUUGUUAUUACUAUUUCUUUAUUUACUAAUCUAAAUUAAUCAUCUAGAGCUAAUUUAAAGUUUAAAAAAAAAAGUGUGAACAACCUUAAUAGUUGCAUUUUAAUCUGAUUUAUGCAUUAAAGUUAAAAAAAAUUGAGUAAAUUAUCAAACAAUGAUUUUUCCUUACUCUGUGUCUCAUGUAAUUUUUUUUUUUUUUCUGAAUUUUUUUACUUAACCUUUCAUAAUUAAUGAAUUAUUCAUAAUUCUCUCCAAUAAACUUGAACAUUCUUUAUCUGCAAGAUUUUUGAUAGAUUACAAUUCCUUACUUAUUGGGAGAAUGGCAAACACAAAUAUUGUUUUAUUGGCUAAUUAACAUAUUAUGUUCUCAUAAUUAUUAAGCCUCCUGCUGAAGGAAAAUGCCAACACAUGUUCAAUGAUAAUAGCAAAUAAAUCUUGUAUCAAACAUAAGGUUGAUAACUUGAAAUCUCUUUUAUCUCAAUCAACAAUCAAUUAAAAUAGUAUAUUUGUUGUCUUAUGUUUAGUUAAAAUUUCAAUUCAAUUAAAGAAAAUGAACCAUCAAUUAUAUAUUUUUUUUAGUUAUCUUUUUAUUUCAUUCUAUAAUCACUGAAAAUAAUUUAAUAAAAACAAUACCAUUGAAAGGUUUAGAACACUGUUGGAACAAAAAAAAAAAAUUCUAAAAAAAAAAAAAAAAAAAAAAAACUAUAUACUAAAUAUCAAUAUCUACAAUUAUACAAUGUAAUUUUAUUGUACUGUGAAAGAUCUAAAAUGACUUUAUCCUCUCCAGCACAAUACCAAAUAAAGAAUAUAAAAACAAUACCAUUGAAAGGUUUAGAACACUGUUGGAACAAAAAAAAAAAAUUCUAAAAAAAAAAAGAAAAAAAAGAAACUAUGUACUAAAUAUCAAUAUCUACAAUUAUCCAAUGUAAUUUUAUUGUCCUGUGAAAGAUCUAAAAUGCCUUUAUCCUCUCCAGCACAAUGCCAAAUAAAGAACUGCUCCCAUACAUGUCAAGUAAUGUCUACCAACCCAAGGGUUGAACAGUGUGAAUGUCCAGAAUGGAUGAGGCUUGAUUCAGUAAAUGGAUCCAGAUGUCUUGAAAUUAAUGGUAAUUAUUUGUAUAUGUAACAAUAGCAGGGUUAUUUAUACACUCGUUAUAAAUUAUAUUAAUAAUGACAGCAGUGGGAGACAUAUAAAUAUUUAUUGCAGAUUUUGAGGUUUUCAUUCUCUCUUUCAAAUGUUUCAAUUUGAAAUUGUUUAUUAAAAAAGCAAAAGUAAAUAUAUUGUGAGGGCUUGGACACAAAGCCUUCUCUGUUAUGUUUGUCCAGUCUUAAAACAGUCGAACCUACUUAUCUCGACCAUGGUUAACUCACCAACCCUAUUUGACGUUUUUGAAGCGGAACCUCCAAAUUCUCUCUUUGUCUUAGCAUUUUCUGAUCGUUUUUUUUCGAUGCCUUUAUGUCACCAAACCAGAAUACCUCGAGCACAAAAAGGGGCCAAAUUUGCCACUUAACGUCAGUUGUCUCGAUCCCCAUGACCAAUGGCUGGCUUUUGAAUCCCGCGAGAAGAAAUAGCAAACAAAAAAUAAACAAGUUUAGCAUAAUGAAAAAUAAUUAUUUAUUUCUCAAAAUACAGCAGUGAAAGAGUCCCUGUAUUGGGUGUUAAUUUAUGCUAUAGUAAUGUAUGUGGUCCAGGUUGUAAAGAAACUAUAGUAACUAUGUGUACGAUACUUUUCAGAGCUAUGCCAGAGUGAAAUGACUCACAAAUUUAAUUUUGACUCAGAUUUAAUUCUGACUCUGGUUAGCUUUUUGUAAAAAUGAACUACACCCCACAUGUCUUUUAGUGAUUUUUUUAGCGAUCUUUGUAUUUUGUAUUUGCAAUGUUGGAGAAUAUAAUAAAGGUUUGUAUGAAGACUCGACGGUCAUUUGUAUUCUAUAAUGGUCAAUCUCUGCUGUUCGUUGAUGCACAUAUGGCUUUUGUUGCUAGCAAACAUGUAACACAUUUUUAUAUCAUGCCGAUCACUUCAUCAAACAAAUUGGGGCAACGCUGUUGUGUAAAAAAAAACCUCCAAAAUCCCAUGCUUGUACAUUCUCAUUUAUUAACGCACAUCAUGUACUCAAAGAAAUUUCAAGCACAUGUUAUUAUAUUGCCGCCGUAUUGGUUUUCACUUAUCCAAUCAUCGGCUAUCUUGAUGCUUUUUUGCAAACCCCUAGGCCGUCGACAUAACCGGGUUCUACUGUAUUAUAAAAUGCAGCCCACUUAAUACACUACAUUUGCUAUAACAUAUUGAAAAGAAAAACCAAAGGAUCCAAUCACUCAAAACAUCAAAUGCUUCUAUUUCACAGCUUGUAAUACUACAGUGAAUUCCAAUUCUGGAUACAUUGUCAGCCCUGGAUACCCUAAGAAUUACCCGAUCAAUACAAAAUGCUACUGGAACAUCACAGGAGGAAUCAACAGUUACAUCACCUUCAGGUAUUGCAGUUAAUAAUUCCAUGGCUUUUAGUCGUAGAGUUAUUAGUAUGAAACUAGAUCAUCUUUUUUACAUGCUUGUUAGCAUGAAAUAGAAUGAUCUAUAACCCCAACAAAUUUACUAUGAUUUUGGGGAAUUUGUAUAUUUUUAUUUAUUGUCCUCCAUUCACAUGCAGAUCAGAACAUUACAAGUUAAAUAUUAAAGUAUAUAUUAUUAAAAAAAAAAAUCUUUGAUUAUUAAUAUAUUUUCAUAUACAAAAUUAAAUUGGUAAAUGUUACUUUUAUUCCAUAAAUAUUUGUUGCCAUACUCAAAAUCAAAAUGCAUUGUUUGAGUUGUUUUUCCCACAUAUUAAUUAUUGUUAAUAUCAUACAGCAAAAUUUAAAAUAUUAUUUUCUUAUCUAUUUAGGACAAAAUUAUUUUGGAAUCUAGGCACAAUGUCACAACACAUUUAAUGAAAGUUUUGUUUUAAAUAUUAUGUAAUAUUACUGAGCAAAAUAGAAUUGAAACAAAAACUGUUACAUAUUAAUUAUUGUAUUCCAGGCCAACAUUAUUUAACCAUGCUCUAUUUCAGUUUCUCUGACUUUGACGUUGAAAGAAGUUCAAACUGUUCCUACGAUUAUAUUAAAUUUUACGAUGGCAACAGCCCAAGAGCUUCGUCACUGGGUCAGUUAUGUGGCAAUGUCAUACCUGGUAUUAUAAGUUCAACAUCUGGGAACCUCUAUGUAGUCUUUGUCUCAGAUGAAUCCAACAGCAGUAAGGGAUUUAAAGGCCAAUUCUACACCACUUAUAGAUUUCUUACUCGCUGAGGUAAGUGAAUAAAAUUAUAUGUAAAAAGAAGAAAAAAAAAAGAAAAACUGUCAAGUUAUGUUCUUGUAAUUGAUGUUUAAUCUGUCUUUAGUGAAGUAGUCAUGCCACAGAGCACAUCAGUGCUGCCCUCUUAAUUGUUUUUAAUAUAAACUAACCAAUAGUCAUUUAAAGUUUAGUUUAUAAAUACAUUUUUUUUUUAAAUUGGCUGCCUGCCAUAUUCAAUUUUUAGAAAUGAACAUAUUAUUCUUAUCAAAUUAAAUUAAAAUAAUAAUAAUAAAUCUUUUAGAAAUAUUAGAACAAAGAAUCAAAUCAUAAAUUCGAGGAUUUUUAAAAUUAUUUAUUAAAUACAUAUUAAUACUAGCUUAAGCACACAGUCCCAAGGGGCAAGCAUUUUCAUUUGCAGUUAGUUAUAAAUCCAUGAAUAGCUAUGAAGUUUAAUUAUUUGGUAAAAACUUUUCUUUGUAGACAGCCAUUUUUGGUGCAAACUCUGGAAUCUUUCUUUUAAUUGCAUUGUUGGUCAGUUCCUGAGACUUUUAAUUUAACUUCCUGAAAGGACUUUCUUCUUUAAAAUGCAAGAUAAAGUUUUCCUUGACUGACUACUGGAGAUUGGAAAUAAAUACCAACUGAAUUUAGUUUUUGGCCUUGGCUAUUUUUUAUGGCAAUAGCAAAAGAAAGGCUCAUGGAAACUGAUUUCAUCUUAUAGUAAAGGUCGAUAAUGAAUGCAAAGGGCAAGGCUGAUUCAUUUUUGCUAGCCACAUUUUGCAUUACUGUGUUAGUAAAGAAAGGUUCUACUAACUUUAACCAGGUGCAUCAGUAAAGAACAGACUUUUUAGUAAAAUGUAUUAUUCAACUGCUUCCAUCAUUUUGUUGAAAGACAUUCUUUGCCCUAGGUUGAGCAUUUGAAACUUUUCUUUGAACAAGUUUAUUUUCGGACAUCGGAUUGUAAUAAUUUUCAUAAUGGAUUGGCUCGUCAUAGUUGCCAUCUAGAAGCUAUAGGCCAAAGUGUCAAGUGGGAGCUUUCUCUUGAUCUAGAAACCAUAUAGCAGACAAAACAUAUUGUUUGCUUGGUGAAAAUUUCAUCUUUGCACAUGAUCAGUUUUGUGGUUGCAUUGUGUAAUACCUGAGCCCCAUCAUGCUUCAGGUGCACUUACAUAAUGGGUCACAGGGUAAAUUUUUUCCUCUGUGCCAUUUAAUAGUAGCUUCAUGUUUUUUUGGGAUCAGAAAUGACUUGAAUGAUGCUACUGUCAUAACCCGUGUAAACGCAUUUAAAGAAGUAUAUAAUGUUUUGAAUUGAGCUACAAAUCUCUAGGUUAUUAUAGUUGUUGUGUUUCAGAGAUAGGUAUGGAGUAUAUGGCAUAACCGAUCCACUUUUUUUUCUCAUAGUUCAACUUGGUGUUGAUAUACUGUCUAACUAUUGACAUUACUGUUGGUCUCAGCACAUAAAUCUUUUGGGGAUUCGUUUGUGCCUUUGCUGUUUUAUCUACAUUUAGCAUUUGGAUUUAAUGCACCACAUGGUCCGUGUAUCAAACAGAAUUUUAUAAUUUCAUGCAGCCUCAGGUGGGAAUCUUUAUAAGGGAGUUCUACACAUAAAAUUUUGUUAAUUCUUUCAUUCUCACAGGCUUUGUCUUCCGGGGUCAUGAAGAGCAAUGUGUGCUCAUGUUGUAGUCAAUGUUUUUGGAGUUUAAUAACGAUGGUCAUAGCCCUAACAUGUUCAAAUCUUUGGAACUAUGUUUAGUCUUCACGUAACAAUUUACAUUUUUACUCAAACAUUCUUGAUACUGAAUAAAACCGGUCACACUACUGUUAAAUGGGAUUUAAUUUGUCCCUGAUUUUAUUCCAUUUUAUAUUACAUGUGAUUGUUAUAAAUAAGGCAGGUUUGUCAUAUAUCCUGACCAUGUUCAUAGCAUCUUGGUAAUUUUGAGUUAUAUAUCUUAAACACUCUAUGAAAGUUGACUGCAAUAUAACAUUCUUGCUUGGCAAUAUGUUAAUGUCCAAACUGUAGUUUUUUUAAAUAGGUGAAGGACAUCAUGGCAUUCUGCUCUCAUUAUUCUUAUUUUUUUCAAAACAAAUUCGAAUGGUUUGCUUUUGUAUUGCAAUAAGGUACAAUAAUGAAUUGGUGAAUUAGCUUUCCUGCAUCAUUAACUGGUUAAAGUUUCCAUCAAGAAUGGCAAAAUGGUAUGAAUAGCACUAAAAUUGGGACAUAUUUUCUUGACUAACAUCUUUCUUUAGAUCUGUAGUCCACCCUGAAUCCCCAUAUCACAAUGGGUCACACAGUCUUCUCAAGAUGUACUUUUUGUAAAUAUUUAUUUUUCUGUGAAAAACGGCAGUACUUUCUUCUUUGGUAGUUGCAGCAUUGCUACUGUUGGGGUGCAGAUUAGUUACUCAUUCUCUCAAGAAUGUUAUGUGAUAUUCAAUGCCAUGGUGUUAGUUUUUCCCAAUUUGCCUUCAAAAUUUCAUGUUAUUUAAAGUUGAGCAUCUCAAAUCCAAAAACAUCACCAACAUAAACUACUAAGCAACAGGUACACAAAUAAUCUCUUCACCAAUUACGCUGACAAAAAAUAUCUCCACCAAUGACAGACGAACUACCUAAGGCUUACAAAGAUCAUUCCAAAAAUGUAACUUAAUAAAUUCAAUUCGUUUUUUUUUAAAAUGUUUCAGGAAAUAGAUCACAAUUUAUUUUGAUUAAAAACAAAUUUCAAGUUAUUAAGUGUAAUGAAAUUUAUGACUAUAGUAAAGAAAACAUUAUAAAUUUUUUUAGGGUAAAGAAAUCAAUGACAAGAAAUAUAAAGAUUGUUGGGUUUUAAAUUUAAGGAAAAUACAGUUUAAAUAGUAGUAAACCAUCAUUUAAUAAGAAGCCCUUUAGUUUGUGCAUGUGGGAGAGGAAAUUGGCACUGUGAUAAACUAGCUCUCAAAGAACAUUUAACGCACGUUUCAAAGGUUAUGCACUUCUCAGUGAGUGUAUAUGAGAUCAGAACUGUUAAGUUGGUAUCUUUUUUUAAAUUUUAACUUUUAUUAAUUAUUGUUAAACAUUAUUAGGUUAUAAAUUUGUAAUGUUUUAAAAAUUAAGUUUCAAAAAUAUUUAAAGUAUUUCCUUCUAACUCACUUUUGAAGGACAUAUAUUGUGACCAUGUGUAUGUUUGUUCUAUUUCAGAAAAUACACAUUUUGUAAGGCAGAAUCAGCACUGUGAAAAAUAAACUUUAUAAUUAUAUUUAGUAUGUUUUUGCAACCAUUUGUUAAGAAAAUUGAUAGAAAAUGAAACAUUUAAUAACUGUAAUAAAUUUGUCAAAUGUAUCAAUGUCUUAAUUUUACUAUUUAAAAUCAUUUUUUAAAUUAAAAUUGCCUGUAAAUGUUGCUUAUAAAUUGGAUUAAGCUUAAAUUUUGAUUCAAUUUAUAACAUUAAAUUAUACAUUUCUUGAAUUAUUCAUUUUUGUUUAUAUUAUUUUGUUUUAUAAUAUUGUUUGAUUUUUAUGCACUUUGUUCUAAAAAUCAUAUUAUUAAUUUUAGUGAAUAAAAGCAAUAAUAAACAUUUUGUAUAAUGUUGCAUGAACUCUAACCUUGGACUGGAUAGGUAAAAUUGUAGCUCUAGGGUUUUUAAACGUUGGUAAAAAAAAUAUUUUUUUAUAGAGUUCAAAGAUACUUGAAAUUUUACGUCAUCUCAAUAAUUUUGAGUUUGAUUAUGAAGGCCAAUUUGUAUAAAACAUCUUUAAUCUUUCAUCAAAUGAUGUGUCAAAUUUUACUGAUAUUAAUGAGAGCUAAAUAUUUAAAAGUAUCAUUGUACCUAAUUUUUUUAAUGAAAUUGAUACACACACAUAAAAGUAUUGAUAUAUAUAUUUUUUUAAAACAAUAAGUUUAUGUUGAUAAUUCAAAGGUAUACGCUGUACCAGGAGUCUAAAUCUGGUAAAGCAAAUGUCGGAAGCUUACCAAAAAUUCCUACUUCUUGAAAAAAGUGCAUUUAUUUCUUAGCAAAAAUUUAGAGGAACUUCAUUCCACUAACUAACACACAUUCUGGUGAAGGUCUGAGACUUAAUUGGCAUAUUAAUUGUGUGUGUACUAAAGUCAUUAAUUUAAGGUUUCAAACUUAGGUCAUCAUAAACAUUACCAUUAUUUAUUUUUUUUAGAUUCACUUUGAUUAUGAAAUUUCUAAAAUAAUUUUAAGGUAAAUAAGCCACAUGACAUGAUAAAUAUGUUUUGUAAUGUUUCAUGGAAUUAAAAUACAAUUUGGAUUUUUCACUAAAUAUGCAUCAAAUUACAUUUUAAAUGUCAUCUAUCAUAUUAAAAUUUGUUGAAAAUAAAA